AUGAUGUUUAAUGUCAGUCUAACUCUGAUCCCUCAGACUGCUGACGGAGAUCCGUGUGGAUGGACAGCAUCCGCUCUCAGUCCUCAUCAGCUGUGGCUGGCCAAAGCCGACGUGUGUCUGAGUCUGAACCUGUUCCAGCCUGCGAAAGUCCUGCUGACUCACACUCACCUGACAGCCCAGGAGCUUGGAGACCAGCUGUCAUUGGCUAAGAGUUUACUCCUGCUGGCGGUUCUGGCCAAUCAUGAGCAGCGCUUCGGCGAGGCUCUCGCUCUGCUGCAGGAGGCGCAGGAGAUCGGAGGAGACGAGGAGUUCUGCUUUUUACUCGCUCAGACGCUCCAAAUGACCGUAGUGGAACAAGAAGAACAGGAAACGCAUCAUCAGGUGUGUGCGAUCACAGAACAGGCCUGCAGAGCCAUCAGAGCUGUUCUAGAGCAGAGAGGGAACCGAGCUUCAGUCCUCCGCUUCUUCAUCGCAUCGCUGCAGACCAGGGCCGCUGUGUUUCAUCAGCAUUUGUUGAUUUCUGCCAAUCCGUCAGUGGAGAUGCUGAUCUCGGUGUGUGACACGCUCAAACACACUGCUGCUGAACUGCUGCAGCUGGGAUACAGGACACACUCCGCCGAAGCCAUGCUAGAACACGCAAACACGCUCAGAAUCCUGGCUGUUCACUCAUCGAGUGCAGAAGAGAAACAGCGCCACCUUCUGGACGCGUUCAGCCUGAUGAAGAGUGCUGUCUCUCUUCAGGAGCAAGUUCUCACUGAUGUCCUCAAUGUUCUUCCACCUCAUGAGGACUGGUCUGCUGUGGGCCGGUCUCUGGCUCAGGAGGUUUUGACUCACCUCACAGCUGUCAGUUCGCUCUCGCCGGACUGUGUGGAGACCAGGGCUCGCUCCCUCGGCAUGAUAGGAAGGUGCCUGAGGAUUUUAGCUCAGCAGAGAGACCCGCUGUACCCCUCCGCACUGUGGACCGAGCCCGACACGGACCAGGAGAGAGAGCAAAACCAGGAAGAUAAUGAAGACCAACAAGUGAAGAUGAAUGAAACCGAGAAGAAACAAUACGCUGGCAAACGUGCAGAGCUGCAGAGCGAGCGGAGGGCAGCGCAGCGGCUGUUGGCUCAGGCCUGUGAAACUCUCUCUCAGGCUGUGAGUCUGAGUCUUCAGCAUGACCUUCCUCAUCUUCUUCCUCGCAUCUGCACAGAUCUGCUGGAGUGUCACGGUCAGUUCGACCCCGGCGCCAGCGGACAGUACCUCGCCCUGCUGCAGAGCGGCGUGUGCUGUGCUGAGAUGUCGUCUGUCCUGCACUCGAUCUGCUCCAGUGUCGGUGAGUCUCAGACCUGUGCUCUGCUGAACCUGCGGAGGAAGCUGCUCUCUUCACAGGGUCACAGACCCAGCGGCGCUCUGACAGCAGUGAACCAAGAGCUCAGCGCUCUCUCCAAGGCCUUCACUCACCUGACCAUAAACCCAAACCACCUGAGAAUUCUGGGAGAAAUGCCACCCGACUUCAAGAUCCUGCUGCUCCAACACUCGGAGGACAGGUGGGAUGGACUCAACUCUAUUAUAGAAAUAUACAUUCAUGCAUUCGGCACAUGCUUUUAUCCAAAGUGA